AUGCACCCAUUGGUGCACGCAUGGGCCAAAGACCGCCAGAACAGCGACCAGCAAGCUAGGUCUUGGUUAAAUGCAGGUGGCAUAAUUGCUCUAUCCAACCUCCAGUCGUCCUUAUUCCAAUGGUAUUUCCAGCGAAUGUUACGACCCCACUUACAUUCUUUGCUCGCUGGCGAUCUUGCCGGCGCAUUCUCCGGCGGUCCAGAAGAAAUGAUUUUGUGGAUAUUAUUUCGAUGUGGUCAAAUUCUUUUGCAAAUACUCGCUGAUGCAGAACUGGUCGAACUUCUGAACCACGUUUUCCAGGAGUACAAGGCCGAUCCAAUGAUUCCGACACCCUUGUCAAAAUUGCUACCAUUUUAUAGGCUUUCUGCUAAUCAUUGCCUGAAUACAGGGCGCUAUGAAGAGGCGUCGGGAUUGUUGGAACGCAUUGUCAAGAUCGGAAAUACUAUGCUGCCUCCAGGUCAUCCUGAUCGGCUAUCAUCACAGCAUGAUCUUGCGAGAGCUUACCGGCGAGUGAAGCGACUCGAGGAGGCCUACGAACUAGAGCGUGAAGUGGCAGAGACGAUGGAAGGGACGCUAGGGCCAAAUGAUCCUUCCACCCUGAUGAGUGAAACCGAACUGGCACUAAUACUAGGAGACCGGGGGGAUUAUGAGGAGGCGGAAAAGGUAUGCCGACGGAUACUGGCUGUGAGUCGAAGGGCAUUUGGGGUGCGUCAUCCCAACACGCUUACCACUAUGGCCGCCCUGGCCUCGAUGUUAUUGUCUCAGAAGAAGCUGGAGGAGGCGGAAGAGCUGAAUGAAAAGAUACUGGAGAUGAGAAAGAUGCUGCUUGGGGCGAAGCACCCCGACACGCUGGCCAGUAUGGCCAAUUUGGCACUCACCUUUGAACACCAAGGCAGAAAGACUGAGGCUGUCGAGCUUAUGAUGGAAUGCACUCAACUACAAGAGUUGGUCCUGGGUGCUGAGCACCCCGACACGCUGGCCAGUAGCGCCAAUCUGCAAUCACUUUUCAACACCAAGGCAGAAAGACCGAGGCUGUCCAGCAUAUGA